AAAAAUAAAACGUAGCGAGACGGCGGGGCUGCCCUGUCCGUGUUAUUGUCGUCAUUGCUGCGUUUAAUGUUAAUUAAUUGCAUAUUUCUACCACAUUACUUGUUAAAUAUUGCCUCUUAUUCGCCUAAGUGCACGGUGAGGCUGCUCUGACGAGCUUAGUUUGCCAGCGGCUAACAAGAAACGCGGAAGUCGCUAAGCGGAGGUCGGUGUUGUGAUUGUGUGACGGCGAAAGGAUGAUUGCAGAGUACGAAGAGGAACUUUCUGGAACAAAACAGGAGAACGAGCGACGAGGUCGACUCCUGGACGCUGUUUUCAAGAAGCGUCAACUUGUGUUGCACGUAGCGGAUGCCAGUGAAGACCAUCUUCCCCCUGAGCAGCAGGAGUGGAGCUCCAGGGUGGUACAGAAGGAGGCACAGCCCGCCCACGUUAAAGAGGAAGAGGAGGAACACGGCAUCAGCCAUGAUGGGGAGCAGCUUGAAGGACCCGAGGAGGCUGACAUCACCUAUUUUCCGCUGAAUCGUGUCAUUGUGAAGAGUGAAGAUGAAGACGCUGAAGGAGGAUCACGAGCAGACAGCCUGUUUGCUCCGCUAUCAGAUAGCGACAACACGGCAUCUCCUGACACUGAUGAUGAAGACUCGAAGCCUGACGUGACAUGUCACACUGACACCACACACCUGAAAUGCCCUCAGUGCGACAAAACUUUUAGCAGCAAGGCAAAUCUGAGAAGACACACAAUGAUCCACACAGGUGAAAAACCAUUCAUGUGCUCAGUUUGCGGUCAAAGAUUCUCUCAGAAGACCACCAUGAUCACACACACACGAACGCACACCGGAGAAAAGCCUUUUUCCUGCUCAGUGUGCAACAAAAGCUUUAGUGAUUACUCAACAUUGGCUAAACACCAGAGAACACACACGGGGGAUAAACCCUUCUCAUGCUCUUUUUGCGGUAAAAGGUUCUCCCAGAAGGCCACGAUGAGAACACACACAAGAACGCACACCGGAGAGAAAACAUAUUCCUGCUCGGUGUGCAAAACCAGUUUUAAUGUCCGUUCAACUCUGGUUCAGCACAUGAGAAGACACACCGGUGAGAAACCCUUUUCCUGUUCGGUGUGCAACAAAAGUUUCGGUCAUCCUGCAGCGUUGGCAAGGCACGUAAGAACACACGCUGGGAAGAAAGCGUUGAAUUGCAGUGUGUGUGAUGAAAGAUUCUUCUACAAGUACCAGGUUAACAGUCACAAGUGUCCUGGUGAGAACAGCGGCGGUAAAUGAAGCCGCAGGACUUGGAACAAGCUCAGAAAGUUUGACCGUGGCGAACGGAACGAGUGUUUAUGUGAUGCAAAAUAAAAUUUAAAUCCUCAA